AUGUCUUCAGGAUUUAAAAAGCCUAUCAAACGGUCACAUAGACGGUUAGUUCAACAUGACGAUUCUGACGCUGAGCAACAAGUGACAACUGUAGAAGAGCUCAUACAGAGAAAGAAGAACAAGCUAGAAAGAGAAAAAACAUUAGAAUUACUCUUUCAAGAGUUAGAACAAGAACGCAUCAACCAAGAAGAAGUUGACAUUUAUGGCUAUCCCAUAAAGCAAACACCAACGGAAGAUCUGAUAUCAGUAGUCGAUGUUCAGUUUGAUGACAACUAUAUUAUGGAAAGUUAUACAGAAGAAAUGGAGCAAGAAGGAUUGGAGAUUAAGGAUCAAGUCAAGGACUAUUUAGCACCUGAAGAGCAAGAACAUUUGGACAAUGUCUUUCAAGCUAUCAAAGAAACAGAAGAGAUUCAUAGACUAGAGAAAGACUGGAACCGACCGUUCUUUAAGGAUGGCAUAAAGUAUAUAAGAGAACCCUGCUUGAUCUCUAGAGAUCUAUUUUGCGGACAAAAGGAAAUUCACCUAUCAGAGCUUUCUGCGACAACAGAGGGAAGAUCAUUUUUACUUGCGUCUGGUUGUAUGAAGGAUUGGCAUAAUUCAGGUUGGAUGUGUCCUCAUUAUGUCUAUCAGUGGUUGUUUGAAGUUGUUGCUUUAGAUCAAGAUAAGGCUACAGCUAGAAACGCACUCUCUACAUUACUUAUGCUAUGGUCACAUCCUGAUGAUAGAAACGGGUCAGAGUCACGAGAAAUAUACGAGCAGCGAUACAUCAAAUUGGAUGUAUUCAAAUCAGUACUUAUAGCGUAUCAUGCCAUACCAACAGAAUUAGUCGACGUCAUUUCCAUGGAUACAGAAGAUCAAAUGAUGAGCGAGACCAUUCCAGUUGACUCACAACAUCGAUCUAGACAUAUACCACUUUCUCAGUUAGGAUUGAUGAUCAAGGCCUUUGGAUUUUCCAUCAGACUGUGGAAGGAAGCCUAUAUGCCAUGGGAAAUAAGAUACACAAUUAGGAUUUUAUUACAAUUAUCGCUUGACAAAGCAGGUCAUUUGGUCAUACAAGAAAUCCAAACGAGCAUAGAUAAUUGUCUUUCUGCCCUUAAAGAGACUUGGAAGAUUGAUGUCAAGAAUAUAGCAAAUGACAUAUGUGAUAUGGUCACGACUUCCAAACAGCAAGUGCAUCUAUUAGAUACACUAAAGACCGUCUAUGACAGGUCUCGAUACUUACGCAGAGUGAUCGGGAUCACCUGCUUAGGUCGAUACUUGGAAAGAGAUGUCCCUGGAAGUAUAGAUAAUAUUCCAGUAGAUGAAAGCUUAAUCAAGCAAGCAGCCCUGAUGUUUAGUUAUCCAGAAAAGCCCUUUACACGAAGUAACUUGGAUUAUGAUGAGUGCUGUAUACGUAUUGCGAUGUUGGAUGCAGCCAUUGGUACAGAUGAUGACGAAAUAAGACGUGAAAGGGAGACAAUAAUUCAAAUUGCGGAUGAACUUCGAUUGAUCGGCUUACAAAUAGGUGCUAAACUAGGAGUGAUGAAGAAAACGAUAGCAAAUGAAAUGGUUCAGAGAGUAUGGAGUAGGAUAUCUUUUAUUAUUGGAAGAGAUGACAAGAUCGAAUCCUAAAUUCGGUGGUUUUUUAUUAUUUCUUUUAUUUUUUUCACUUAUUAUUAUUUAAAAAUGGUACUCUAUUGUAAAAAAAAAAAGACAUACUUAUAUCAUACUAUUGCUUUAUAUAAAAGAAGAAGAGUU